AUGAACAAAAACGGAACAGCUAAAAUGAAUGAUAAUCAAAUUAGAGCAGAAGGUAGAAGGUUAUUUAAACGCUUCUAUAACAUUCCUGAUGGUGUUAAUCCUAAAACUCGUAGAAGCUAUUUAAAUGAAGCAAUAGAUGCAUAUGAAGGGUUUGACAUUUCAUCAGAAAGUGAGAGAUUAGCGAGAAUGUUAAAUGUUAAUAUUGAUUUCUAUUAUUGUGAUCCUCAACCAGAAGACGUGGACAUAAAUAAGGUAGACUUUCCAUUAGUGGAAUCAAUAAUGAUAGAUCCAGAAUUUGAAACAGUAAAUAUUUUAUUAACACAGAGUCCAUGUGGAAAACUUCACGCUGACAGAAUAACAGACGUUGAAGCACUCACCGGCUAUAAAGUUUGUCCAUAUUGUAAAGAAGAAGUUUAUUCUAUCCGUGAUGAUCCAGAAAGGAAAAACCAAAGAAGAUUUUUAAAGCAUUGUGAGAAAUGUAAAGAAAAUAAUGGGAGAUUAAUUCAAGACGUUCAGUUGCAAAAGACACAGCAACCAUAUGCACCACAUAUUACGAAACAGAAGAUAUAUCAGUG